AUGAGCCCCACCAGUCCCCACCGGUCCCCACCAGUCCCCAUUGGUCCCCACCAGUCCCCAUCGGUCCCCAUUGGUCUUCCCCAGUCCUACCGGUCCCCAUUGGUCUUCACCAGUCCCCACCGGUACCCACCAAUUCCCACCGGUCCCCACCAGUCCUACCAGUCCUACCAGUCCCCACUGGUCCCCACCAGUCCCCACCAGUCCCCACCAGUCCCCAUUGGUCUUCACCAGUCCCCACCGGUCCCCACCAGUCCCCACCAGUCCACAUCAGUCCCGACCAGUCCCCACCGGUCCCCACUGGUCCCUACCGGUCCCCACCAGUCCCCACCAGUCAUCACCAGUCCCCAUUGGUCCCUACCAGUUCCCACCAGUCCCCACCAGUCCUCACCAGUCCCCACCAGUCCCGACCAGUCCCUACCGGUCCCCACCGGUCCCCACUGGUCCCCACCAGUCCCCACCAGUCCCCACCGGUCCCCACCGGUCCCCAACGGUCCCCACCGGUCCCCACCAGUCCCCAUUGGUCCCUACCAGUUCCCACCAGUCCUCACCAGUCCUCACCAGUCCCGACCAGUCCCCACCGGUCCCCACCGGUCCCCACCAGUCCCCACCAGUCCCCACCGGCCUACACCGGUCCCCAUUAGUCCCCACCAGUCCCCACCUAUUCCACCAGUCCCUCACCGGUCCCCACCUAUACCACCAGUCCCCACCAGUCCCCACCAGUCCCCACCAAUCCUCAAUGUCCCAACCAGCCUACACCGGUCCCCAUUGGUCCCCACCAGUCCCCACCUAUUCCACCAGUCCCUCACCGGUCCCCGCCUAUACCACCAGUCCCCACCAGUCCCCACCAGUCCCCACCAGUCCCUCACCGGUCCCCACCUAUACCACCAGUCCCGCCAGUCCCCACCAGUCCCUCACCGGUCCCCACCUAUUCCACCAGUCCCUACCAGUCCCCACCACGUAACCCCCAUAAACACUUAA